GCAAUGUACUCGUCUGCUGGCGUCGCAUUUCGUUAGAUUAGGAUAGGACCUCAUAAAUCGAAAAUUCCUGGAGUAUCGGGUUGCCGGUGGAAAAUCACGUUUCCUUAAGGUCAAGAUCUAGAUCAAACCAAAAUUACUAGAAGACUACGGUCCGCCGUAGUUUCAAGUGUUAUCCCAUUGCCCAGUGUUUGCGGGUCUUAUUUUGUUCUUUAACUCACAGCUGCUCUGGAAAAAGCUUCCUAGAUGUCCGUCGAGGAUCCCAGUUCCGUGGCCGUGGCCUUGCGCGUGCGCCCUUUGGUCCAAUCCGAGUUGGAUCGCGGCUGUCGUAUUGCCGUGGAACGCUCCUCGGAUGGAGUACCACAGGUUACGGUCAACCGGAAUGAGUCAUAUACUUACAACUAUGUCUUCGAUAUUGGGGACACCCAGAAGGAAAUAUUCGAAACCUGCGUCCAGGGUAAAAUGAAGAAGCUGCUGCAUGGUUAUAACGUUACUAUCCUUGCAUAUGGCCAAACUGGCUCUGGAAAGACCUACACCAUGGGCACUGCGUUCAAUGGAGUGCUUGAUGAUCAUGUUGGUGUGAUACCACGAGCUGUUGAUGAUAUAUUCUCGGCUAUUCAAGACAUGCGGGAGGAGUACCGAUUUUCGGUAACCUGUUCCUUUGUAGAGUUGUAUCAAGAACAAUUUUUUGACUUAUUUUCGUCGCAAAAGCGCGAAAAGGCCAUUGUGGAUAUCAGAGAGGUCAAAAACAAGGUGGUCAUGCCGGGCCUUACAGAACUAGAGGUCAAAUCGGCCAAGGAUGUGACUGAUCACCUAAUGCGUGGCUCCGCUGGACGAGCUGUGGCCGCCACGGCCAUGAAUGAGACCUCCUCGAGAUCCCAUGCCAUCUUUACAUUGACUCUGGUAGCCACGAAACUGGACGGCAAACAAACGGUCACCACUUCCAGAUUUAAUCUGGUGGAUCUGGCUGGCUCGGAACGUUGUUCAAAGACUCUGGCUAGCGGGGAUCGAUUUAAAGAAGGCGUGAAUAUCAACAAGGGCCUUUUGGCCCUGGGCAAUGUGAUCAAUGCCUUGGGAUCUGGCCAGGCCAUUGGAUAUAUCCCCUAUCGGCAGUCCAAGCUGACGCGCCUAUUGCAGGAUUCCCUGGGUGGAAACUCGAUUACUUUGAUGAUUGCCUGCGUCAGUCCAGCUGACUAUAAUGUAGCUGAGACCCUGAGCACCCUACGCUAUGCGGAUCGGGCUUUGCAAAUCAAGAACAAACCAGUGGUCAAUCUUGAUCCACAUGCAGCGGAGGUCAAUCAUCUAAAGGACAUUAUCCAAAAGCUACGCGUGGAGUUAUUGGGAGGCGGCAAAAUGAGCAACUCUAUUGCUAGCGCUGUUGGAGCCGCCGGUUUGGCUCCCAUUACCGGUGAAGAGUCACAGGCUGGUCAACUUGCUGCGGAAAAUCAACGCCUUAAGGAACAAGUGCGCAGUCUGCUAGACAGCAAAAGAACACUGCAUCAGGAGCUUCAACAAUCACUAGCCGAUCUAGCUGAAAAAGAAAUGCGUGCCCACAUCGCAGAGCAGGCCCACGAUAAACUCCGUUCUCAUAUGCUGCAACUAAGAAAAAAACUGGAUCAGCGGAAAGAGGCGGGCUUGGCAACUGAAGAUGGAGGUGGUGACAAUUCGCUAAGUGAAAUCACCCAUCUGGUGGACCUGGUGGACAAUGAGUUGCAGCGCACUCACGAGGAACUGGAAACUCAGGUUCAGGAGACACGCCAGCAGCUUAAUGGUCGCUCUCAUUCCGAAAGGGACGAAAACGGCAGCCAAAGUGGUGGGGAUGAAGUCCAUGAAAUGCUGAACAGCCAUUCAGAGGAGUUUACCAAGAAGCAACUAAAUUACGUAGGAGAACUACGUAACAUUAGGCGCCAGCUGGAACUUAAACAGGAGCUGCACGACCGCAUCACUAGUAACUUUAACAAGCUGGAGCCCGAAGACGAUUUAAAAUUGCGGCAGUGUAACCAGAAAAUCGAUGACCUGGAGGCGGAACGUCGAAGCCUUAUGGACCAGUUGCGCAACAUCAAGAGCAAAGAUACUUCAGCGAAGAUUGCAGAAGAGCGCCGCAAACGCCUGCAGAUUUUGGAGCAGGAGAUCUCCGAACUACGCCGCAAGCUGGUCACCCAAGCUAGCAUGCUGAAGAUGCGCGAAAAGGAGAGUGAGAAGAUUAAGAAUUUGAAUGGUGAAAUCCAGGUUAUGAAGGAAACAAAGGUGAGGCUCUUGCGGGCCAUGCGUAGUGAAACGGAGAAGUUCCGUCAAUGGAAGAUGGUACGCGAAAAAGAACUCACUCAAUUAAGGAGCAAGGAUCGCAAAAUGCAGUCAGAGAUUGCGCGUCAGAAGUUACUGCAUUCCAAGCAGCAAUUGGUUUUGAAACGUAAAUGUGAGGAUGCUGUGGCCGCCAAUAAGCGGCUGAAGGAUGCCCUCGAUCGACAAGCUUCAGUGCACGCCCAGCGUCAAAAGUACGCCAAGGAUCACGGAGGCUCCUCCAAUUCAAACUCAAAGACAAAUGUGUGCUUUGUGGAACAAGAACUUGAGAUUAUACUCUCGCUGAUCGAUGCUGAGCACAGCUUGGAGCAACUGAUGGAGGACCGGGCGGUGGUCAACAAUCACUAUAAUUUGCUGCAGCAGGAGAAAACCAAUGAUCCUGUGGAAGCAAAGGAGCAGGCCCUUUUGCUGGCCAAUCUCGAGGAGGAGCUGGAAAUGCGAAAUGCCCAGAUUGCCGAUCUCCAGCAGAAGGUCUGCCCCACCGAUCUGGAUAGUCGCAUUCGGGCCUUGGCCGAAGGUGUCCAAAGCAUUGGUGAAUCCCGGAUUGUUAGUAAGCAGCUUUUAAAAACUUUGGUGCAGCAGAGGCGCCUACAGGCUGCCAGCUUAAAUGAACAAAGAACGGCUUUGGAUGAGCAACGCACGCAUCUUCUUGAGUCCCAGCAACAAGAAGAGGCUGCAAACAAACGCCUGCGUUUGCUCCAAGCCGAACAUGAAGAGCAGAUGAUGGCGCAACAGCGUGCUUAUGAGGAAAAGGUUGCCGUUUUAAUCAGAACAGCUAACCAGAGAUCAACAGAAAAUCAGCCUUCGUCGACGGAGGAGCAGCACCGCCAGCAAAUUCUUGAGGAACUGCUCAGUAGUCGAGAAGCACUGCAGCAAGAACUGGACAAACUUAAAGCCCAGACCAAGUCGAAAGCUAAGGUUGCAAAGGUUGAGCUCGAAGAUCAUGAUGAAAGUGUACUAGCAUUGACCGAUGAAAACUCUGAUAUUAGUGAUGAUCCCGACUGGGUGCCUCAGAAAUCGAGAUCCAAGAGACUCCAGUCGGAAUCUAUACGCAAUGCCUCUCACCGAAAUCCUUCUGAGGUUUCCAGUCCAUUAGAAUCUCAGGAUGUCAAUGCUACUUCAGCCGGUAAUGCAUCCAUCCAAUCGCUGAAUUCUACACAGGCAGAGGAAGGAAAACGUGGUAAGGGUUGCAAGUGUCGGACUAAGUGCAACACCAAGCGCUGCGGAUGCUUUGUGGGCAACAAUGCAUGCUCCGAGAGCUGUGUUUGUAAGACUAAAUGUUUCAAUCCCACAAAUAUUAAAUCGCCACAAAAUGGUGAGGGCGAUGGUCAGACAGGCAUGGUCAUUAAGGAGGAACCAGUUAAGCACGAUGAAACGUCCGAUAAUGCUGACGAUGAGGCGGAGACCACCAAAGAAAACCCGGUGAAAUUCGCUACACCGGAUACGCCUGGCAAGCUGUUGACCUCACCGAAGCGAUCUGCUCUGAACGGAGUGGAGGAUUUCAAUGGACCCAAGUUGGCAAGAAUGUCAGGACUGGCAUUUGCCACGCCCAAGCGGAAAUUCUUUUAAUGCUGGAAGGAUGCGGAUGCGUUAUUUAAACACGGAUGCGAAAGUGAACUAAAAGAAGCCGAAAAUGCAACAGCAGAAAAGGAGGAGGGUAGAGGAAGCCCCUAGUAGACGUCAGCACGUUUCAAAAUAGCUAUAUUAGUCUCGUUUUUAUAUGUUUAUGUUAUCGGUAAGGAAAUGCUCGUAAGGAAGCCCACUUCAACAAAGACUGUAUUACCCCUCCAUGUUUUACAAUGCACAAAUAUAGUAACUAGUAAUCUGCAUCAGUUAA